AUGCUACGAGACAUUAAUGAUUCAGAGUUAACAUUCGGUGGAAAAGUUGUCGUUUUUGGUGGAGAUUUUCGCCAGGUUUUACCUGUGGUUCGUAAAGGAACAAGACAAGAACAUGUUGACGCCAGUUUGGUUUCUUCUUACUUGUGGCCUACAUUGAUCAAGUUUCAUUUGACUGAAAAUAUGCGAGCAAGAUUGGAUCCAGUCUUUUCAGAAUAUGUGUUAGAAUUGGGCAACGGAAUGCCACCAAUCACAGUUGAUGAAACUAUAAAAAUUCUUGAUGGCAUGCUUGUUCCUUACGAAGAUGGCUGUACUUCUUUGGAUCAUUUAAUAGAUGCUGUUUUCCAUGAUAUUCAUGAAUAUUCAAUAAAUAUUUCAGCUAUGAUGAAUCGGGCCAUAUUAACACCAAAGAACAGUUAUGUUGAUGAAAUAAAUGCAUUGCUAAUUCAUAGAUUUCCUGGUGAGCUUAAGCGAUAUUAUAGCUUUGAUGAAGCAAUAGAUACAUCUGAACAGUCAAUUAUGGAAGAUUUUUUAAAUACUCUAACCCCAAAUGGACUUCCUCCUCAUGAAUUGUUACUGAAGAUAAACUGUCCUAUCAUGCUGCUUAGAAACAUUAAUCCUUCAGAAGGACUAUGCAACGGAACACGUCUAAUUUGUCAGGCUUUUGAUCAAAAUGUCAUUGAUGCAAAAAUCGUAGUUGGGCAUCACAGCGGAAAAAUGGUCUUUAUUCCAAGGAUCCCAUUCUUACCAAAUGUUGAUGAAAAUAGUGGCUUCUCAUUCAAACGAACUCAGUUCCCUAUCAGAUUAAGUUUUGCAAUGACUAUAAAUAAGUCACAAGGGCAAACAUUGGAUUUUGUUGGAAUAUAUUUACCUCAACCUGUUUUCUCACACGGUCAAUUAUAUGUGGCUUUAUCAAGGGCAAAGACUGCAUCUACAGUAAGGAUUUUAAUAUGGCCAGUGUCAACUGAGCGAUCAGAAAAGAACUACACAAAAAAUAUUGUCUAUACAGAAUUAUUAAGAUUAGCAUCUUCAGAUUAA